AUGGGCUCGGUAUUUGUUAUGAUGGCAUGUAGGGGCGUCUCGCGCAACAAAAAAGGCCACAAAGUCGAUCGCUUGACGCCUGCCGCCUUGGUACCUGCAAGGGUCCGACCCUUUGGACCUCCGCAGAUUUUUAGCGGAGCCCUGUCCUACCCACCUAGGCUGUCUUGUCCCUGGGGGACGGACACUGGUGGGGAUGCUCGUUACUUCGUACUUUCUUUCCCUGACCUCGUGCGCGGCUUGACAGCGGAGCUUGUGGUAUUUCAAACUUUAGAAGAAUGGGACGGUGGAGCUCCGCGUGUCGUCCCGAACCCCAACAGCUCCACUCUAGAGGCUACAUUCGACAACCAUUUCGAAGAAAAGAAGAAGAAGAAGCCCCCAAAAAAGGAUGUACAACAACUCAUUGGUCCGGAAGAGGCAGGGACACGCGACACUCUUUACGGAGUACGUGCGCACCUCCGGAAUACUACGGAAUAUACGUACCUAGCACUUCCCAACAAGUUCUGGUUCCGGUCUAAUUACCAAGUAAUGAGCGUCCCAUAG